UUGACCGAAGCAAGUGCGGUGAUUAGAGUGGAGCACGCACUUGUCACAGGGGCGCUGUCGGAAUCGCUGGUGGGCACAUUUCUGCCCUGUGAGGUUUUCUGGGCGCUCGGGGCUGCAGCAAAGCGUGGGCGCCCCCCUAUCCCCUUGGGCGCCCCGCCGCACGCACAUGGCCCGGCGGUAGGCGCGCGGUGCGGCCUGGGAGAGUCGGAAGCGCGACGAGGCCCGGCGAGGCGGCAGCGAAGAGCCAUGCAGGACGCGGAGAACGUGGCGGCGCCAGAGGCGGCCGAGCAGCGGGCCGAGAUCGGGCAGCAGCAGCCGACCGCCGAGCCGCCGCCGGGGGAGGAGCCGGCGCGGCCCGGCGCGCAGGAGGCGGCGGGCGGCGAGGACGAGGAGGCUGGGCCGGGGCCUGAUCUGCCGGCCGAGCCCGUGGCGGACGGGGAGGAGAAGGCCGACGCGACCCACGGCGUGUCCCCGCCGCCGCCCGAGGAUCCCCCCACCCCGGCCGCGGGCGAGGCCCCGGCGGGGCAGGCGCGGGACUCUGCGUCCGAGACCGGGUCCGAGGGAUCGGGCGGGGAGCCAGGCGGCGCGGCGGAGAACGGCGGCGCGGACGAGCCCUCCUUCAGCGACCCCGAGGACUUCGUGGAGGACGUGAGCGAGGAAGAAUUACUGGGAGAUGUACUCAAAGAUCGGCCACAGGAAGCAGAUGGAAUCGAUUCCGUGAUUGUGGUCGACAAUGUUCCUCAAGUGGGACCUGACCGUCUGGAGAAACUCAAAAACGUCAUCCAUAAGAUCUUUUCCAAGUUUGGGAAAAUCACAAAUGAUUUUUAUCCAGAGGAGGAUGGAAGGACAAAAGGGUAUAUUUUCCUGGAAUAUGCAUCCCCUGCCCACGCUUUGGAUGCUGUGAAAAAUGCCGAUGGCUACAAGCUCGACAAGCAGCACACGUUCAGAGUCAACCUCUUCACCGAUUUUGACAAGUACAUGACUAUCAGUGAUGAAUGGGAUAUUCCAGAGAAGCAACCUUUCAAAGACCUGGGAAACUUACGUUAUUGGCUUGAAGAGGCAGAAUGCAGAGAUCAGUACAGUGUGAUAUUUGAGAGUGGAGACCGCACUUCCAUAUUCUGGAAUGACGUCAAGGAUCCGGUCUCCAUUGAAGAGAGAGCGAGAUGGACAGAGACGUAUGUGCGUUGGUCUCCUAAGGGCACCUACCUGGCGACCUUUCAUCAGCGAGGCAUUGCUCUUUGGGGGGGAGAGAAAUUCAAACAAAUUCAGAGAUUCAGCCACCAAGGGGUUCAGCUUAUUGACUUCUCACCUUGUGAAAGGUACCUGGUGACUUUUAGCCCCCUCAUGGACACUCAGGAUGACCCUCAGGCCAUCAUCAUCUGGGACAUCCUUACCGGGCAGAAGAAGAGAGGUUUUCACUGUGAAAGCUCAGCCCAUUGGCCUAUUUUUAAGUGGAGCCAUGAUGGUAAAUUCUUUGCCAGAAUGACACUCGAUACUCUCAGUAUCUAUGAAACUCCUUCUAUGGGUCUUUUGGACAAGAAGAGCUUGAAGAUCUCUGGCAUAAAAGACUUCUCCUGGUCUCCCGGUGGUAACAUAAUAGCCUUUUGGGUGCCUGAAGAUAAGGAUAUUCCAGCCAGGGUAACGCUGAUGCAGCUCCCUACCAGACAAGAGAUCAGAGUUAGGAAUCUGUUUAAUGUUGUGGACUGCAAGCUACAUUGGCAGAAAAAUGGAGACUACUUGUGUGUUAAAGUAGAUAGGACUCCAAAAGGUACCCAGGGUGUUGUCACAAAUUUUGAAAUUUUCCGAAUGAGAGAAAAACAGGUGCCUGUCGAUGUGGUCGAAAUGAAAGAAACCAUCAUAGCCUUCGCCUGGGAGCCGAACGGGAGUAAGUUUGCUGUGCUGCAUGGGGAAGCUCCUCGGAUAUCAGUGUCUUUCUACCACGUGAAGAACAAUGGCAAGAUUGAGCUCAUCAAGAUGUUUGAUAAACAGCAGGCCAACACCAUCUUCUGGAGCCCCCAAGGGCAGUUCGUUGUGUUGGCUGGUCUGCGGAGUAUGAACGGCGCCUUGGCCUUCGUUGACACUUCGGACUGUACGGUCAUGAAUAUCGCGGAGCACUACAUGGCCUCCGACGUUGAGUGGGAUCCGACUGGGCGCUAUGUCAUCACCUCCGUGUCCUGGUGGAGCCACAAGGUGGACAAUGCCUAUUGGCUGUGGACUUUCCAAGGCCGCCUUCUGCAGAAGAACAGCAAAGACCGCUUCUGCCAGCUGCUGUGGAGGCCUCGGCCCCCGACCCUCCUGAGCCAGGACCAGCAAAUUAAAAAGGAUCUGAAGAAAUACUCCAAGAUCUUUGAACAGAAGGACCGUUUGAGCCAAUCCAAAGCCUCAAAGGAAUUAGUGGAGAGAAGACGGACCAUGAUGGAAGAUUUCCGAAAAUACCGGAAAAUGGCUCAAGAACUCUAUAUGGAGCAGAAAAACGCACGGCUAGAAUUGCGAGGAGGUGUGGACACUGACGAGCUGGACAGCAACGUGGACGACUGGGAGGAGGAGACCAUCGAGUUUUUUGUCACCGAAGAAAUUAUUCCUCUUGGAAACCAGGAGUGAUCCGGGAGCACUGUGGACAGCGAGCGGACGGUGUCCCCUUGUUGCAGCGUCACCGUGUGUUGUGCUGGAACCGAGGUCAUCCUUUUGCGGAAAGCCUGCCCACUCCUGACUUUUCACCUGCGCUUUCUCUCGCCCGGGCUGUGGCCACGCCUGGGACUCGCCGUCUCCACACGUCGCUGUGCCUUUCAGCCCCUGGUACCCAGGGUGGGGGAGGUUUGCCGGCGCUGCUCUCAGUUUUCUCUCGCUGGGUUUCUAAUCGCACCGAAGACUGGGCCCUGCCUCACAUGGCCAGCGCCGUCCACAGCUGCGCAGGGUCCCUCCAGGGCUCCCUGGCCGCCAGCAGGGAAGCCGCUUGGGGCACCAGCGCGUCCCCCGCCAUUCAGGUUGUGACAGGUUCUCUCAACAGGCUGAACGUGGAAAUAAAAGCAAACCUGUAUGAAAAAGC